GCAGCAAAGGUCACAUGGGCUAAAGAAGCUUACUUAUUGGCUGUUGUUACUUCGAGCCAGUUCAAGUGCAAGUUAGGAUCUGUUUAGUUUUCAUUAAUGACGCUCAAAAAAUAACCAAGUCAAUUGCGGGAAAUGCAAUACUUUUACUUUAUUAAAGUCAGGUUGCUUUUGGUUAGUUCGUCCUCUUUGACUAAACGCCACGCGUUUAAAGGCGUCUCGUUUAACAUGCCCACCGAUAUAUAAUGGUGCGAGGCGCUGACUGGGAACACUUCUCGGUUCUCGGCUGUCGCAGCUGAGUGCAGUCAAGGAAUGGCUGGCUUCUUCUUUUCGCUUUUAAAUUACAAGACAGAAAAGUAUGUCAUCGCCGAAAACAAGAAGAUCGGAAUACUCUUCAGGGUCUACCAGGUGGCCGUUUUGGCAUACGUGAUCGGAUGGGUGUUUGUGAUGAGGAAGGGCUACCAGGAGAAGGAGGAGGCCAUCCAGAGCUCAGUGAUCACCAAGCUGAAAGGGGUUGCCCUCACCAACAGCUCCGACUCGGGCCCUCGCCUCUGGGGGGCCGAAGACUAUGUCAUACCACCAAACGGGGAACAAGUUUUCUUUGUUGUUACGAAUUUCGUCGAGACGCCAAACCAGCGACUGGGCCUCUGUGCUGAGAGCUUUAAGGUUUCCAGAUGGACGAUGUUGAGUGACGAGGACUGUGUGGAGGGUGAAGCCGUGAUCUCCGGCCACGGGAUCAAGACUGGUGUGUGUGUGAACAGCACAGGGACCUGUGAGAUCCAAGGCUGGUGCCCUGUCGGGAAAAGCCACAGACCCCCAGAGCCCCUCUUGAGCGGGGCGGAGAACUUCACCAUCUACAUCAAGAACUUCAUCAGGUUCCCCAAGUUUGAAUUCUCCAAGUCCAACGUCCUGGAAACCAGCAACGACAGCUAUUUGAAAGGUUGUACCUAUGAAAAAGUCGAAGAUCCGUACUGUCCCAUAUUCCGUCUGGGUGACCUGGUCGAUUGGACUGGCAAUGACUUCCAGGAGAUGGCUGUUAAAGGUGGUUCAGUCGCUAUUCUUAUUGAGUGGAACUGCGAUUUGGAUCGGGACUCCUCGCACUGUAACCCAGAAUACAGUUUCACUCGCCUGGACUCAAACAUUAACAACUCCAUCACGUCAGGAUACAACUUCAGGUAUGCCAGAUAUUACAAAGAUGCAACAGGUGAAGAUUUCCGGACUUUGUAUAAGGUGUAUGGAAUACGCUUUGAUAUUAUGAUCAAUGGACGGGCUGGAAGAUUUAACAUAAUCCCAACCGUAAUUGCUGUUGGAUCUGGUUUUGCCUUGUUGGGCGCUGGAGCGUUCGCAUGUGACAUGAUACUUCUCUACAUGAUGAACACAAGCUCCUUCUACCGAGAGAGGAAAUUCGAAAUCAUAAACUUCAAGAAAGAAAAGGGUAAACACAAGGACGGGAAGGUGAGCCAUCGGGACCGGAAGCACAGGAAGCAGGCCGACGCGUUGGGGGAAAACAACAAGGCGGAGGUGAACGACAACACUAAGGUGAUGGAGGAGAACCGAUCUUCCACGGAGAAGCAAGGACCCACCGUUCCACGUAACACCGGCCAGCGGUAUGCUCCGAUCCUCUCUCCCUCUGGUGGCGAAUCAAGACACAUCACCUUCGCUCCCAAAUAUUAACGACAUUCAUUGGCAGAGCAGACACCAAGCUCAACAGACACAGGUCUCCUGGGUAGCAGCACAAUGGUUUUCAAAACAUCUUCCCAUCCAUCUGCUCACCAAUGUUAGUCGAGUGUGAUCUGAUGUGGAUGCUGGGAUUAUUAUAACUGGGUGCUUGCUGGACAGACCAGUGAUGUUAGAACGGUCAAGCACUGAGAUCCAGAUUCAUUCAUUCACACAUUAUAUAUUUAGUGUUUAUCAAUUCAGUAUGUACUAAAAUGUGAAUUAUAUUUAUGAUCAGAUUAUUUAAAAACAAGCCACUGUGAUGUGUUCCAACACCCUCAUUACCCCUUUGUACGUUGACGAUAGGCCUACGUUAGGCUGAAUAUCAGUAACUAGUGACUGUACUGUUGGAUAGGCUAUUCUCCUUAAUUGGUUGUGAACCACAGCUUUCGUGCAAUUUGAAUUGAUUGUUAAGGGUCCAAAGAAAUAUUUGAAAAGCCACAAAGAGGCAAGGUAUGAGCCAUGUCAAUGAUCUUCUUGUCCAUGGCUGUGCUGUGAAAACAUGCUUAUUUCUCACGCUCUUGUAUGGUUAGCUUUGGUGAUUAAAACGGAAUGUUGCGUGGCUCAGGAUGUCAUGUUGUGACAUCAGUUACAUGUAAAGUAUGUUAUAGCGGUUAGUUGAACCUAAUCUAAAUAAAGUGACUGGUUUCCUGCA